AUGUGGCGACUGACGAUGCACGCUGGCCCCUAUAAAUGGCGAGGACCCUUAGAGACAGAAAGAAUCUUCCCUUGGUCGGAUUUCGACUCGGGUACUCCAGCGAAGAUCGGCAACGAGGAGCUGACGGUCGUGCAAGGCUCUGACCCCGACCACCCUAUUUGGUCUUACCUCAUUUUCGCGAUUCGCAGCAGGUGUCUAGUUACAGGCCUUCUUAUAUCUCUCCGUAUUACAUUACUCCAUCCUCGCUUUGUAUCUCACCGACGACCGUACUCGCCAUAUACAGCCUACGUACGGCAAAGAUGGCCAAGCAUUGAUAUCUCAUUUCGUUCCCGGCUCUGGUUUAUGCACGUGUGGGAUGUUUAGUGCUGUACCUUGCUAUGCCGUGUUUCUUGAAACAAAGUGUUGUUUACGUUUUAAAACUUUAACUAGC